UGCGCGCAAUGUGACAGCCUUACUCCGAAAAUUGCUCACAAGUAACGUCUUUGCACCUUGUUCAUGCUCAUAUAUUCACCUUGGUGACCGUUGCUAGGAAAACGCUUAUGACAAGCUAUCUCGAUAGCCAUCUAGCGAUUCCUUUGGACAGAAAAUGACAGACGGCUGACGACGAAUGACGCACAGACAUGACAAGCUGACAAGCAAGGCGAACUGGGUCACGAUAUAGCAUGUUGGCCGGCACUCGGAGCGUUUUCCUCUCAUUUUCUCUCGACUCGCAUCGAGCGGCAGGCGUCAGAAAUGAAGUCCUCCCUGGUAGUGGCCAUCCUCGUUGGAAGCUUGGUGACUUUUGCAAUCGCCGAUUCAGAGCAAUCGAAUAAUUCAACACAACAGCAGCCUGAACAAACAGGCAAUUGUGAGAGAGCCGCCCCUUUACCUCCGUGGGCGAAAUCGUACCGGGGAAGGUGUUGGUACGUGUGCAAAGGAUGGCCCAUUCGCUUUCAAUUGGAACCUGAAGGUAUCUCUUGCGGGCUCGUCACCGUGAACAACACCAAAAGAGUCUGCAAACGUGGCAUCUGCGUAAAAGCAGAAUCUCCUAGCGGCCAAUCGGAGCAAAAGCGACUCAUUCCGACCCAAGUACCCGCCCCUAAGGAAGAGUCUGGAAUGGGAAAACUGGUGGCAACAUCCGAUAAGCAGGCUUCCACCAACGCUACUUCGACAAAAGAGAAGUCAACCAGUGUAUUAGGUGGCCUCCUAUCGAAGAAGCAUUAGCUGCUAAAUAAUUCACAAAACAGCACAGCCUUCUAAUUGCGUGCUGACUGUAUCGAGGUGGAAGGUGACUCUUAAAAUGUAUGUGUACAAAAAAAAAGCUCACAUUGCCUAACUACAACCUUUGAGAAUCAGUCGCCUGUCAUUGUUCACAGAAAUUUCUUGGGACAAAAUAUUCUGGAAUCAAUAACUGACUUACAAGUCGGUGAUUUUUAUUUGUUAAAAGGCUCAGUGCUCUCUGAACUCCAAAGCUUCGAUGCGGUCUACGGGAGAAAAGAGGUUACUGAAGGCAGUCGGCCAAGUCUUUUUCUUAAUUCCCAAGUCCAUACGACGACUUUAGUUUAGUUAUACUAUGGAAUUAGUCAUUUUUAUACUUAAGAGCACUUUGAAAAUACGAACCAUCACAUUUUGGAAUAAAAGCUCUAGAAACUGAGUUCACCAGAGAGGCUAUAAGUAUGUUCCAAUUCCUACUUGAUAGAUUUGAAUGUUUUUCAGGAGUGCUAUCACCCGCUUUCAAUUCUUUCGACAUUGAACAGGUCACGAAGAAAAUCUCUAAUGAGUAUAAAAGCAGACUUCCCGCUCAGAAUUAUUUUAUUAAGGACCGUGUGCAAAUGUCCAAUAGCUGAGGAGGACAACUUGUUAUGACCUAGAACCAUAUCAUUAGAGUGCAUGAUAAUCAAGAAAUGCUAUAUAAAAUAUGGGUCCAUGUGUGCUGAAUUUAUCACACGUUUACUAGGGACUUAUGAUGCAAUAUAACAUGUGCUUCCCUAUAACAAAACACAAUAUUUUUGUUUGUGGUCGUUGUACAUUGAUGACGUGGAAUUGAAGAUGGUGAUGAUGGUUAUCGUUGUCGCCACGGUGGAUCGGACGGACACACCGAUAAACAGAAGCAGAACAUGCAGGUUUGAUAUUUUGAAGCAGGUUUGCUCAUUAGGCGGCUUACACAACUUUGUCUUGCCAGAAAGUAAAUGUUUUGUAGCAGAUUGCCUCAUUAUAUACUAAACACGACAAUAAAUUUUGUAAUGUUCUUAAUUCGUCGUGGCCGGUGAAAACUUAAGACGCGAUAAUGUGUUGUAGAAAACA